AUGCCUACGGAACUGGAAGAGCUCCUUGCGUUCCUCCACCACGGCAAUACGCAGAUCCGGCAAAUUGCUUGUGAUCACCUUGUCGGCCACUCAUCCGACCCUUCAAUUUUCAAAAAGCCCCAACUAGUUCCGGUCCAAGAUUUGAAACUUCUCGUCAGAGACUACCCGCCGAUUGCUAAAAAUGCCCUCACCAUCCUCAUUAAUGUCAGCCAUGAUGCGGAGAUUCUCGAGGACCUUGCCUCAGACGAUGCAUUUAUUGAAACGCUAUUAACCAAGAUAACAAACCCGAAGGAACGCGCGGCCGAUGACAUCGCUAUGCUGCUCUCGAACCUCGCCAAAUCUGAUCUGAUGGAGAAAUUAAUCAAGCUCAAGCGCACGGUGCCUUCCACAACGGUCUCUACGUCUCCAUAUGCUCUCGAUCAACUAUUUGACUGCUUCGUCAAAGGCGCCGAUGGCAACCUAAACCAGCACGCCGACUUUGAUUACCUCGCUUAUCUUCUCGCUGAUAUGUCCAAGUAUAAAUCUGGACGAAAUCACUUGCUCAGCAAGAGAGAAUACGACGGUGUGGUACCAAUAAGCAAGUUGACCGUGUUCACGGAGCACAAGAGUCCUGUCCGAAGGAGAGGGGUGGCAAGCACCAUCAAGAACGUCGCUUUUGAGGUUGACAAACAUCCAUUACUUUGGCAGGAUGAAACUGAAUCCGUCGAUGACACACCCGGAGUGAAUCUAUUACCAUACAUCUUGCUCCCUCUUGCUGGCGCGGAAGAGUUCUCAGAGGAAGAAUCCGCCAAUAUGCUGCCCGACCUACAACUUCUGCCAUCAGAUAAAGCGAGGGACAGCGACAAUGAGAUCCUGGUCACUCAUCUCGAGACAUUAUUGCUACUGAGUACGACGAGAGAAGGAAGAGACAAGCUAAGAAAUGUUCAAGUCUACCCAUUAGUGAGGGAGACGCAUUUACACGUUGAGGAUGAAAAUGUCAAAGAAGCAUGUGAUCGCUUAGUACAGGUGAUUAUGAGAGAGGAAGAAGAAGCGCCCAAAGUGACGGAAAUGGAUGACGACGAUGAGAAGAUAGAAGAGAUAUUCUGA